AUGGCGUACCCUUACAAGUGUACUACUCAGAUCCCCCCUCUGGAGUAUACAGAAUUCGAUGGUGCCAAGUUCGCACACGUGACAUGGCCUUCAAGUACUACUGCUGCUACCACUCAUGGUAGGGUGCUGAUAGUCCAUGGUUUCUGCGAGUACACUCAGCUGAACCAUCGUUUCAUGGAUAUGUUGGCCCAGCGGGGUUACGAGUCGUUUAUGUUCGAUCAGCGUGGUUCCGGUCGCACCUCACCGGGCAAACUUAGGGGACACACCGAUGACCAGCAUGUAUUUAGUGAUCUGGAGUAUUUUGUGAGUUUGAACCUGGAGCAGUGCUCGGAGAGGCGGAUUCCACUUAUUAUGUUCGGCCAUUCGAUGGGCGGGGCUAUAACGCUUGCGUACGCGUUUAAGGGCAAACGCCGCGAAGAGAUCGCUGCUUAUGUGGCAUCGGCUCCUCUGUUGCGUCUGCAUCCUCAUUCACAGCCUUCGUGGAUAGUGCAAAAGAUGGCUCCUCUACUGGCACGGAUGUUGCCUGGUUUCGCCAUAGAUACGAAGUUGGAUCUGGAAGGUGUAACUUCCGAUCCUGCGUAUCGGAAGUUUCUGCAACAGGACAAGCCGCUGAGUACACCGCUCGUAGGAACUUUUAGACAGAUUUACGAUUUCUUGGAAAGAGGAAGAGUGCUUUUAGAAGAUCCAGAGGGACAAGUUGCUUCGGGAUUUGUAAGGGAUAAACCUAUUUUGUUGAUCCAUGGUGAUGGCGAUACGAUCAAUGACCCAAAGGCUUCGAAACAAUUUGUUGAAAAUUGUAAGGCUGGGGAUAAGACGCUGAGGGUUGCCAAGGGCGCAAGACACAGUGUUUUGUCGUUGGAGAGGGACGAGAUAAUGCAGCGGGAGAUUGAGUGGCUUGUCGAGUGGUUGCAAUCUCAUGUGAGCGCAUCGUCAUAA